UAUGAACAGACGAUGAUGACAUAUACAGUGUGUAAAGUAAUCUUUAAGGGUGACCCGAGAGAUUUACCUUCUUCUUCUUCGUCCUCUGCUGCUGGUGAAAUUGAGCACGAUCUCUCUUUGAUCCCUCUUGUGAACAACAAUUCUGGAGGACUGAGUACAGAGACAGAGGUGAAUCCACGUCAGAUUAGUGGCUUUCUUAAUUUGGAGGAAGAAACUCAGUUCGAGGAUGAAAUGAGCAGGGUUUUCAACACUCUGCCAACUGAUGAUUGGAACAGUUUGUUCAAUAAUGAUGAGGAGGAACAGGGGAAUAUUAUGUUUAUGCAGGAGGAUCGCAACGAUUACAAACCUAAAAAGUCACUUACCGGUGAUUCUGAUAGUGAUUCUGAUUCCAUAUCAACAACUUGUUCCAUUAAAAGUUCGAGCACUUGUGUUAGUUUUGGUAGCUGCCAGAGUCCCAUUGCUCAACUCAAGAGGUGAGCAAGGCUCUGGGAACCAAUACUGUUAUAUAUCCGAGAAGAAGAUGAGUCCUUGUGAUGAUAAUGCAAAGGAAGUGAGAUCGGAGGUAAUCAAAAGCAAAAGAGCUGGUCUCAUUUACAGGAUGAUACUAAGAUUCACCAAGAAAAUCAAGCUAUGUUCUUGCGUCUCAAGAACAUGAUACACCAAUCAAUGAGAUCAAUUAAGAAUGCCUUUUGUAAUUUCCAAAUAUGAGUUGUGACUAUCUUUUUUGUAACUUUUUCGUAUUAUAAUGCAUGUCCUAAUCUUAUAUAUAAAGGUGAAUUUA